AUGUACAUUGACCGACGGUUUGACGAAUUCACUUCGGGCCUGGAUAAUUUUAUGGCCGUGGCGGAGGCAAACAAACAUGGUGGAUUCAUGUAUUGUCCAUGUGUGGACUGCAAGAAUACCGUAAAUUACGCUCACUCGAGUCUCAUUCACAGUCACCUUCUACGAUCCGGUUUCAUGCCCAGUUACUAUUGUUGGACCAAGCACGGAGAAAGAGGGGUUAUGAUGGAAGACAAUGAAGAAGAGGAAGAGGAUGAUGACGGUUAUCCCAAUUUCCCUGAAUACGAUGAUAUUGCAGAAGGCAAUGAAGACAAUGAAGUAGAAGAUCAAGAGGCACCAGAUGAGCCUGCUGAUGAUGAUCUUGGCCGGGCCAUUGCUGAUGCAAGGAGAGAAUGUGAAACUGAAAAGGAAAGGUUGGCCUUCGACAAGAUGAUAGAAGAUCACAACAAAUUGUUAUACCCAACUUGCGAAGAUGGCCAUAAAAAGCUAGGCAGCACACUGGAAUUGUUGCAAUGGAAGGCGGAGAACGGUGUCACUGACUCAGGAUUUGGAAAGUUGCUGACAAUAAUUAAGAGGAAGCUUCCAAGGGGUAACGAAUUGCCCUCCAGUACGUACGAAGCGAAGAAGAUUGUCUGCCCUCUAGGAUUAGAUGUGCAAAAGAUACAUGCAUGCAUUAAUGACUGCAUCCUCUACCGCGGUGAGUACGAGAAUUUGGAUGCAUGUCCGGUGUGCACUGCAUGGCGGUAUAAGAUCAGACGAGAUGACCCUGGUGAUGUUGAGGGCGAGCGCCCCAGGAAGAGGGUUCCUGCCAAGGUUAUGUGGUAUGCUCCUAUAAUACCACGGCUGAAACGCUUGUUCAGAAAUAAAGAGCAUGCUAGGUUGUUGCGAUGGCACAAAGAAGACCGUAAGAAAGACGUGAUGUUGAGGCACCCUGUUGAUGGCUCCCAAUGGAGAAAAAUCGAUAGAGAGUUCCCAAACUUUGCACAGGAUGCAAGGAACUUACGGUUUGGUCUAAGUACAGAUGGCAUGAAUCCUUUUGGAGAGCAGAGCUGCAGCCAUAGCACCUGGCCUGUGACUCUUUGUAUAUAUAACCUUCCUCCUUGGUUGUGCAUGAAGCGGAAGUUCAUUAUGAUGCCAGUGCUCAUACAAGGCCCGAAGCAACCCGGGAACGACAUUGAUGUGUACCUGAAGCCAUUAGUUGAAGAACUUCUACAGCUGUGGUCCCUAGCAGGUGUACGUGUGUGGGACGAGCACAAGCAAGAGGAAUUUGACCUAAGAGCGCUGCUUUUCGUAACCAUCAAUGACUGGCCUGCUCUUGGUAACAUUUCAGGACAGUCAAACAAGGGAUACAAUGCAUGCACGCACUGUUUACAUGAGCUCGAAGGUGAUUAUUUGGAAAAAUGUAAGAAGGUCGUGUACCUGGGGCAUCGUCAAUUUCUUUGGCUUACCCAUCCCGUAAGAAAGAAAGGCAAGCAUUACAACGGUGAGGCUGAUCACCGGAGGAAGCCUCUCCAUCGUGAUGGUGUUGAUAUAUUUGGUAUGGUCAAGGAUCUAGAUGUAAUAUUUGGAAAGGGUCCUGGCGGACGGUCUGUUCCGAAUGACGAUGCAGGACACGCGCCCAUGUGGAAGAAGAAAUCUAUAUUUUGGGAUCUACCCUAUUGGGAAGUCUUAGAGAGAGUUAAAGGACGUCAUUACUCCAGCUACGCUCUUACAAAAGCAGAGAAGGAAAUAUUUUUUGAAUGUCUGAGCAGUAUCAAGGUCCCGUCUGGCUUCUCCUCUAAUAUAAAGGGAAUAAUAAAUAUGGAGAAGAAAACAUUCCAGAACCUGAAGUCUCAUGAUUGUCACGUGAUAAUGACACAGUUGCUUCCGAUUGCAUUGAGGGGGCUUCUACCGCCUAGGCCAGAAGGAAGCAUCUCCAAGGGCUAUGGAACAGAGGAGUUCAUUGAAUUCUGUGUUGACUUUAUUCCUGACCUUAAGCCGAUUGGUGUUCCUGAAUCGCGGCAUGAAGGGAGACUAAGUGGAAAAGGCACGCUAGGAAGGAAAUCAAUGAUAUGUAGGGACGAGAUUUCUUUGACUCAAGCACACUACACAGUUCUACAAAGUUCCACCUUGGUGGCUCCGUAUAUCGGUGACCACAAGAACUUUCUACGCUCCCAGAACCCGGGGCAGCUGAACGAUUGGAUUAGACGUGAACACAUGUCGAAUUUCGGCGGUUGGUUGCAAAAACAUCUCCUGAAUAACAAAGAUAUUGAAGAUCAGUUGUACUUGCUGGCCCAGACAUCAUCUUCGACUGUAGUGACUUUCCAAGGGUACGAGAUAAAUGGGAAUACAUUUUACACGAUCGCCCAAGAUAAAAAGAGCACCAACCAAAACAGUGGUGUCCGAUUUGAUGCAAUAAUGAAUGAAGGCCCAAAUGACACAUAUUAUGGUUACAUAGAGGAUAUAUGGGAACUUGACUAUGGACCUUCUUUUAAGGUCCCUUUGUUUAGGUGCAAAUGGGUCAACAAAACAGGAGGCGGGGUUCAGGUAGAUAAGUUGUAUGGAAUGACAACAGUGGAUCUCAACAAUCUUGGGUAUAGAGACGAACCAUUCGUCCUAGCCAAGGAUGUGGCCCAGGUUUUCUAUGUGAAGGAUAUGUCUACCAAACCAAGAAAAAGGAAACAUAAGGAAACAAAUACAUCAAACGAUGAGCCAAAGCGCCACAUAGUUCUUUCUGGAAAAAGAAACAUCGUGGGAGUGGAGGACAAGACAGACAUGUCAGAAGAUUAUAAUCAGUUUGAUGAAAUUCCACCCUUCAGAGUGAACAUUGAUCCAAGCAUCAAGUUAAAUGAUGAAGAUGCUCCAUGGUUACGGCCGAAGAAGAUUAAAUGAUGAAGAUGCUCCAUC